UUCCCAUCUUUCCUUUCAGUCCUUGCCUACCGGGGAACAAGGUCGUGAAAAAACGGUCUUGGUGAGGUGCCGCCAUUUCAUCCGUCCUCGGUCUCUGCGCCUUUCGCAGAGCUUCCAGCAGCGCUAUGUUGGGCCAGAGCAUCCGGAGGUUCACAACCUCUGUGGUCCGUAGGAGCCACUAUGAGGAGGGCCCUGGGAAGAAUUUGCCGUUUUCAGUGGAAAACAAGUGGUCCUUACUAGCUAAGAUGUGUUUGUACUUUGGAUCUGCAUUUGCUACACCCUUUCUUAUAGUAAGACACCAACUGCUUAAAACAUAAGGAUGUUUCAGUUCCUCCAUUUAACAGAUAUGAAGAGCAUUUUAAGAGGUGCAGCCUGAAGUGGAUCAAACUAGAACUCAUAUGCCAUACUAGAUAUGUUUGUCAAUAAACUUAUGACGUGAA